AUGAAACGAAAACAAUCUUCAAAAGAAUGCUUUUGUGAAUGGAAGAGAACAUCAUCAAGUCAUCACAUAUGUAAACAAAAACCUACGCAUAAGACUACAGGAGGGAAAGAAUAUUUAAGAAUAGAAUCUAAAAUCAACAAUCCAAAAAUUAUUAUUUUAACUGCUGCUUGCAUAAGUUUAAGCUGUAACAAAUAG